UCUAGCAAUGCAUUUUAAAUGGGAAAAAAUAAUUGUCAUGCUUUUAAAAACAGUACAAUGAUAAUGCGCUAAUUUAUUAAUGAACUUUCACAGUUGUGUAGAUCUUGAAAUUGUGAUACAAAAAAAUGGCUACGACGAAAGCACAGCUUAAUUCGAGACACGCACAUGAUGAAGCUCACUCGAGAGCAAGUUCAAUCGACGCGUUCUUCGCCGGAGCGAUAAUUCUUUUAACCGGUGCAACGGGAUUCCUCGGAAAAGUUCUUUUGGAAAAGUUGCUGCGCUCGUGUCCCGUGGCCACAAUUUUCGUUCUGAUCCGUCCGAAAAAAUACAAAUCCAUCGAGCAACGUUUCGAGGAACUGCUGAACGAUUCCGUAAGUAUGCAUUGUAUAUGCAUGUUCUACAGUUCACCAUUAGCCUCUCAAUGGUAAACUGGAUGGAAAUUUCUAAUGAAAAUUCAAGAAGAAUUUUAAGCCAGGGCAAGAACAAAUUGACCAUGCUGUAGGCGUAUUCUGUAACUCUUAAGGUGCGAUUUCACGUAGC